AUGUCGGGGUGCACGUUCAUCCUGGUGUGCUUCUACGGGCUGAGCUCCAUGGGGUUCGCACGCUCGAACUUGCUCCGAUGCUUGCACGUCUGCGUCGGCCAGGACCGCGAGGGGCGGGACUUCAAGGACGCCCAGUGGCCUGAGGAGCCCAGCUACGAGGAGACCGAGGGCGAGGCGGCGCAUUGGGCCACUCGCAAGAACAAGCUGGACGCGCGCAUCAUGCUGACGGCAAGGAUGUUGCCGUCGCCUGUCAAGGAGGAAUUACACUCCGAGGGCGAGGGCGCGAAGGCAUCGGCUGGUUUGGCCGACGAUGCCAGGAUGGCGGAGCUGCGGGCGCAGGCCAUCAGGAUCGAGCGCAGAGAGGACGAGGCGGGCCGAGGAGGCCCGGAAGGAGGGGGCUCGGCGCAGGAUGCCGAGAUUGACCCGCGCGCGGUGGCACGCUACCUGGCGGACGUGCGAGGCUCUAGCGGCGCUGGGCCCAGCCAGGCGGGAGCGCGGGCGCAUCUCGAGACCGUGGCGAAGGGAUCGGGCCGGCGUCGCGACCACGAGGCGGAAUACAUCUUCACGAAGCGCGCCCGUGACCGCGGCAAUGGAGCCCCCAAGCAGGGCAAGGGCAAGGGCAGGUCUUCGGGGCAGCCAGGGGCGCCACGGUAUGCUGACGUCGUCAAGGGCGACUUGGUGGCGUGCCAGGUGAAGGGCGCCCUCGAGGAGAAGGGCAUCAAACUCUGCGAGCGCGGGGCCGACGCGGUCGCGGCCCACGUGAGGGAGGGCGGGGGCCUGGACGACUGCCUCGUUCGCGGUGGCGUGCGGCAGGUUCGUGGUGCGUCGACCAGCAGCGUCGCCGAGAGCAGGGUGCCCAGCGGCAGCGGCAUCCCGCCGCCGCCGGCGGACGACCAGGGCGUGGACAAGACGAGGGCUAUGUUCAAGGCAGUCAGCCGCGGCCACGCCUCCGAGCUGAGAGCCGCCCUGCGCCGCGUCGGAGAUGUCACCGUGAACGUGCCCGGCCUGGACCACGGGUCCUUCAUGCAGGCCGCGCUGGACGUUCACAGGCAGCGCAGCGCUGGGGGGCCUCAGCCCCCUCAGACCCUCGAGCUGGUGAGCUGCCUGCUGCAGGCCAAGUGCAGCCCGAACGCCCCGGCCGCGGACGGCAAGACGCCGUUGCACAUGGCCAUCCAGCACCACGCCUCGAUGUCCCCGAUCGUGGCGAGGUUGCUGCUGAGCGCCAGCGCAGACCUCAACGCGAGAGACGCCACGCAGAGGACGCCGCUCGACUACGUCCACGAGCAGUCGGUGGACUCCGGCAGCCCCGCCAUACGGCAGCUGAUGGACGAGGUGACGGAGAGGCCCACCGUGGCGGUGGGCGUCGUCGAGGAAGAGAGCGUUCUCGGCGCAGCCUUCGCGGACGCCGAGAACGAUAAGGUGUGCUUCUUCACCGAGACCUCCGUCGGCGUCUUCAGCGUGAGAGCGAG